CCUGACAUUGGAGCCUGUACGGCGCUGCUCUACCACUACUACUACAACCCAGACACGUCAGCUUGUGAGACGUUCAUCUAUGGUGGAUGUGGCGGCAACAAAAACAACUUCCAGGCAGAGGAAAAAUGUCUUCUUACGUCUGACUACUGUUCACUGAAACCAAACACAGGACCCUGUGAGGCGAUCUUCAAUAACUUUUAUUACGACGCAGACACAUCGACCUGCGAGAAAUUCGUCUAUGGCGGAUGCAGUGGAAACAAGAACAACUUCCAGACAAUACAAGAAUGUCUCGAAAC